AUGGGGUUGAUAGCGUUGGGGGAGAUGUGGAGCGGGGUAAUGGAAGCGCCGGAGUCCCGGCAUUUGGUGAUGGCGGUGUACUUCGCUCUGGGAUUCGUAUUCUUGAGGUUCCUGCUCGACCUCUACGUCUAUAAGGUUCGUAUUUUGUUCCGCCUUAACUAUUAUAGUGAAACACAGAUCAGGGGGAGGCAUUAGCAUACCCUUGUCAAGAGUUUUCUCGUUUCAAUUUUCUUUUUCCGUCUCUUUUAUCUCUAAUGACGUGAGAAAGGUGAAUGGCGUUCAGUUCGUAAUUCCCGUAUCUUAAGUUAUCCUCUUCCUCAUUGUUAUGAAUCAUUUCUUAAAUUGCGUUGGGGUGUGGGAUUCUCAUUGCGUGGACAGGAAUUCAAUCUCUUGAAAUGUGUAACCUGUCGUUAUUAAUUUCCGACUGUUGGGUUGAUUCCAUUGCGAUUGAAUGAACACUUGGAUUGUUUUGUUGACGGUCAUAUCUCUUGAUGAAUUCUUUCACGUUAGAUUCACUGGUGACAUUAUGUUUCGUCCACAUUCUCCAGUCAUUAUUUUACGUAUCAUCGAGCGAAUGCCUCAUCCUACUCUGUCUUAUAAUUAUAUGAGCAAAAGAGGUUCCACAUUUUCCUCAUUUUCAGAUAUAACUCCAGGAUUGGCUUUUUUAUUGUAAUAUGAGCAAAGACUUGGAGCACACUGCCCCCAGUUUCCUUCAAAACCUGAGAUAUACUAUGAGUCAAGCUCCUGUUUACUUUUGGAUGAUGAUUGCCUCAUCAAACAAUUUUCCUCCAUCAAGGCACAUAUUUCAAAUUUCGGCUGCUAAGCAGAUGUAGUUCAUUUUUCAAAUCUUUUAAAUUUAGAGAAACUUCGACCCAAUGCCUUCAUGUGUAUAUUCUGUCUUACCCCAAAAUAAGCUCUGGUAAUGACGGGCACUGAUUCCCGGUCUCAUAGGCUUGGCCUAAUUAGACUGAACCUAGCUAGCGUCUAAUCAUGCUAAUAUAUUUUUUUUUCUGAGGUCAUUAGGCGUUAAAGCCCAGCUUAAAGUAGGAUGGGCCCUACUGGCCAAUGUACCAGGCUGGGCUCAUGAUAUUCCUAACUUUCCUCAAUACUAGUUCUGUGAACAUUAGUCAAUCUAAUCCUUUCCCUAUUGUGUACUGUCUUUAUCAAUUACACUGUUCUUUCCUUCCAUAAAAGAUUUAUGUGGUUCAUUUUUUAUUCAUUACAUAUCUUUUUUUUAACAGAGGAUAGCCUUAUGUCUGUUGAACAUCAAAGCAAAUUCGGUAAAGGCUGAUGAGGGAAAACGUGCAAAAGUAGCCAAGUGCACAGAGUCAAUGUGGAAAUGGACAUAUUAUGUCAUUGUUCAAUUAUGGGUUCUUGCAAUAAUUUACCAGGAACCUUGGUCCCGUGAUAGAAGACAGUACUUCACAGGAUGGCCAAAUCAAGAACUGACGUGAGUUCUGAGUUGUCUAUGUUCUUUCUGUUUUAUUCUUUUUAUCUUUGAUUCGCUAAGAAAGAAUUGUGUUAUUAUGAGUGCAUGCCUGAACCAUGUGUUGAAUAUUUUCUGAAUUUUAUCACGAGGUCUUUUUGCCUUUUCAUGUUCUUUCUCAUCUAAGCUAGUUACUAAGUUUCUUUAAUAUCCGAAGGUUUGUUUAAUCGCCAGAAAAAUCGUGCUCUGUAUAUCAUAAUCACCCGAUUUGAUGCUGGUCCAAUCCCUUAAUAAUAUCUUUUAAAUAGCUACCAUAUAGCAAUGUUAAUCUCAUUAUCUGCUGACGAACUGAACUGAUGAGGUACACAAUUUUCCUGUGAGCUAUCUAGUUUUUAGUUGAUAUGAUUGCAGUGGGACUUGGAGAAUUUGAAAAUUUAUAAGUGUUGAAGACAAGAAUAUACGGAAUCAGUCGUUUGUCAUGAUUACAAACAGUCAGCAUUUGCUAAGUAUCUUUGUCUAUUGAUCUUAGACCAGUGAAAUCAUCUGUUCCAAUAAGGUAAAAAGGAUGUGAAUAAUUUUAUCUCUUGUGGUCGUGAACAAAAGGUGUCAAGCAAAUAAUUUAUGGGUUAUAUGUGAUAAGUUGUUUAUCACGCUUAUAAACAAAAUGCCUUUUAAUCUUUCACAAAUGAGAUAAAGUAAUUGGUCUACCUAAACUUGCUCCAACGUUUUAAUAAACUUCUAUCUGAACAAUUAAAGCAUUUACAUUACUGGAAUAGUGAAGUGCUAGUAACGUCUCCUUGUGCAAGUCGAGUCGUUGGAAAGCAUGUCCAUGUCAACUGUGGACAUUUAACUGAAAAAUGGUUGCUUGAUAAAUUUGGGACAGCCUUGCCCAUUAUCGCUACCUGUGUGGCAUAACGGUUUCUAGUUUCAUGGGAAAAGAAGGCUCUCCUGUGAACCAUUUAAAUGUAGGAGCACAUAACAUGCAUUCCAUGUACUUAAGCCAUGUAAUCGAGGCAUUGAGUAUCCAGGACUUGGUAUGGCUUUCAUUUAGUUGACUAUUUCUAGUACCCAAGUUUCUAAAAUAUUUCUCAAGCUGUAGUACCUGAUUACUUUUGUUGGUUACUUAUACUAUCUGGAUUUUCUGAAGUCUUGCUUAGGAUUUAGUAGUGAUGAGGAAGGGUUAUAAGGUGGUUAUUGAUAGCUAGGAUUGGCUUGAGUCACAUUGCUGUUAAAAUAUACCUGCUAAGUUGAGCAGGAGCCGCUGUGAAUGGGUAGAAUUCAAUCAGAAUCAGAUCAAGAUGUAACAUAAUUCGAUUCUUAUGCCAUUUCAUUAUGUUGGUUUUGUCAUAGUUUUUUUUGUCCAAUAUCAACUGAAUUGGGAUGAGCAGCAUCUGGUACAUAUUGGAAUUAGCCCUUCUUCAUUUAAGAGUCAUCCAAUUUUCACUUCCAAUGGGUGCUUGGGGAGGUGAUGAAGACCAUUCAUUUAUUGGGAUUAACCACUUGUUCAGUCUUAUUGUGUGUAAGAAUCUCAGAUUUAUGAUUUCGUAUAGUUUGCGCUGUCAAGCAAUUUUCAGUUCCUAUCUUCACUUGAACAUUAAGUACUUGACAGCUAAUUUAUGUUGAAUUCCUUUCACUUUUUCCUUCACAAAAUGCCAACCAAUUUUAUUUCUUUGAGCUAGUUCUUCCCUGUUGUCAUCACAACCAAGCAUUAUGUUUAUAAGACUUGGUUUAAUCCCAGAACUUCUAUAAAAUAUAAGUUAAUGAAAGUAGUCUGUGCCGCUGAAACGUGCAACACGCAUAAGCAUGAAUAUAUAGGCUUUCAACCUAACAUUGUGUAAGCAGAUUUUUGCUCCCCACACAUACAGCAUGCAUACCACCGAGCAUCGUAUCAUAUUUAAGUGUACAAAAAGCUUAAAAUGAAAAAAAAUUCGCCAACCAUCAAGGAAAAUAACGAAGGUUUUGGAAGCAGAGAAAGAAAACAGUCUGCAAGGAAAAAAAAGGUGUGAAAGGAGCUCUUUAGUUCGGUUAAUAGAUUUAGGUUUGAAACUUUUUUCAGGAGCAGUGAGAUACAACAGCUAUUAGCUAUCUUCAAUUAAUGGUCAGUCGAGUGUGAUCAUCUUUCAUUUAUGUAAAAUACAAUUGACGUCAGGUAAACUAGUUCGAAACUCAUUUAGGUUUUCCUUAUUCUACACGAAGCGAAUGCUCAUAUUAUGUUUAUCCCACAUCCAAAAAAUCGAAAACUGUGCUAUCUCUUAUGAGCUUUACCCAAAGAAUGUCAUGUUGGGUUUUUUUCUAGCGUAUACAUCCAUAAGAAUGAAUACUUUUUGUAGAUAUUUAGUACUUAGAUAUCAUAUAUCUAGGCUACAAAUGAGAUAAGCUGUCCACAUUUCUACGGGAAGUUUUAUAAGCCGAGCAGGUAUGCCCUGGAGAGAUAUACAUGGAGGCCAUAAUCAAAGGUCCCAAAGCAAGGGUAGCUUAAAUACAGCUGUUUAAAAAAGAAAAAGUGCUGUGAUAAUGGCCGUUAUUCCUGGUAAAUGUAUGACGAAUCCAGAAGUGAACUUACACAGUAGGUCAAACGAAUGUUAUGAAUAUUGUCCAAGAGUUUAUUCCGUGAUGCAACAAAUGUAUAUCACAGUCACUGGAUUUUUUUUAUUUGAUGAUGGAAUCGUUUUUAUUUGAUGUAAACUUACAUACGAACGAUGCAUGUUAAAAAAUCUGUAAUCAAGAGCAGUAAUUGUUUAUUCUUCUAACAAAUCAGUACCACAGUGGGAUUACUCUGUCACCAUUCCAAACUGGGACAACUCUUUUCCGGAUUAAAACGUUGUGUCAUAUCUUAGUUAGGCGUCCAGUUACUGUACGGCUAUCUUGUGUGAGGUUUUGUGUUAUUCUUCCUAGGUUUGCAAUUAUUUUGUUUUGUUGUUCCAUUUCCUGAAUCAGCGCUCAUCACAGAUGGCCAGUGAAAUUCAGAGUAUAAACUAUCUCAUUGCUUAGUUUUGCUGAAUACUAUACAUUCUCUCUUCACACCAUAAUUUUUCUUCUGUGAUUUCUUCUGUGAUUUCUUCUGUGAAGUUUGUGACUGCAGAUAUCGUAGAGAUUUGUUUUUGAUAAUUGUUCAUGGAUCAUUACGCCGAUGGUGUUGUUCCCGUUUUCUAGUAAUGUCCUGAAGUUGGACUGAACUUGUCUGUAUUCUAGGUUUCUGGUGAAGCUUUUCUACAUGUGCCAGUGUGGAUUUUAUAUCUACAGCAUUGCUGCUCUUCUUACAUGGGAGACUCGGAGGAAGGAUUUUUCCAUAAUGAUGUCUCAUCACAUAGUAACUACUGUGUUGAUUGGAUACUCUUACUUUUCCGGGUAAUCAGCGUGUUACUUUAUUGCCCCCUCCUUUUUUUUUGUUAUAUUAUGCUUUAAAAAAAUCAGCAUUGAUUUUCCUUAUGAGUUGUGCCUUCUGAUAAAUUAUGAUUUGAUCUCUCUGAAGAAACUCUUUAAAUCCAAUGACUGCGAAGGCCCAUCAAUAUCUAACUAGAUCUCAAUCUGAACAAACUAGUUCUACUGUCAUAACACAGAUAACCAUUAGGGCAUACGUGGAACCUUUAAGAUAUUUUCCCCCCGAAUUUCUUAUGUUUUAUGCAUAAGUAUCAAAAUGCAUAUAUAGAUAUAUAUUUACAUAUUAGGCGCGCUGACUAUUUUCACUGUGGAACAUGAACGGCAAAAGGAUUGAACGAGCAUAAACAUGACACGUAAGUUUCUUGCUUUCUGGAGAAUAAGAUCAUGAGAGAAAAAUCUAGGCAUGGAUGGGAGAGUGAUUUGCAAAAGUUUAUAAAUCACACCAGAAUUAUUUUAUGUAAAAGAAAAAACGAUAAUUUAAUAAAUUUAUUUGAUCAAUGUAAUGUUUGCCUCCCACAAUUGGGAAAAGAUGUUUUAGAAGGUCCUAAUAUACAGUAGAACCCUUUUCUUUAUCUUUUGUAGAAGAAAUUCUUUAUCAAUGGUGGAAAAUUUUCCGAGACCUGAUAAUUUACCAUAUCGUUGCCCUUUUUUUUCUUUUUUUUUUUUUCUGUGAACAGCUUCCUAUACAGUCCCUUUCUUGAGCUAUUUAUAUGAUAAUUUGAUUGGUGCUCUAAAAGAUUCUUCAAACUCCAUGAGCUCCAUCAGAUCAUUCUUUGAGAAACUAUGCAUUAAAUUUUAAUAUCAUGAACAAAAAGUCAAUACAGUUGACUAUUUAUGAUUAUCUUUUGCAGUGCUUUCCUUCAUCAAAUUGGUCAAAAAGUUUCCAGAGUAUUUCUCACAGUAACACAGUUCUGCAUCCAAACUCACCAGUUAUUGGUUUAACAUGAAAAACCAUUGAUUUUACUCGAAAGAUUAAAAAGCCCGCAUUCAUCUCUGAGAAAAAUGUGCAGAUUGGAAUCAGCUUUACCCCCCAAGUCAGAGUCAAACCAUUUCUAAUCCGGCAGUGAAAAAAUCAUGCAGGUUCUUCCGCAUUGGGUGCAUCGUUCUAGCCCUGCACGACACAAGCGACGUCUUUCUCGAAGCAGCCAAGCUCUUCAAGUACUCGGAGAGUGAGAUUGGGGCCAGCAUCUGCUUCGGCCUCUUUGCCCUCUCUUGGGUUCUCCUGCGGCUCAUAUUCUUUCCUUUUUGGAUAAUAAGGACCUCCAGGUCCGUACUCCCUUCUUCCUUCCCCCCCCUCCCUCUCAGCCUCUCAGUCCACCGACACACACCACUCCCGCUUACUAUUUUUGGUGAAAACCUUGCCUUGCAGCAUCUACUUCCUCGAGCACUUGGCGAGGUCAAAGGCCUACGUCUUCUUGUACUAUACGUUCAACACCAUGCUCCUCACGCUGCUCAUCUUUCACAUAUACUGGUGGGUUCUCAUAAACUCGAUGAUUAUGAGACAGCUCAAGAACCGAGGGAAGGUUGGGGAAGACGUCCGCUCUGGUAACUGACUUCACUCACUAGAAGCUGCUUUAAAAUCACAUUUUUUAAAAUGAGGAAUAAAUAAUCUUGUGGUUGCACAUUCUCUGUUUUUUUUUUUUUUUUUUUUCCGAAAUCUUUGCCAAAGUUCAAGAAGGCAGGAUUAUAUAUAUAUAUAUAUAUAUAUAUAAUUAUUAGUACAAGUUUGAGAGUAAAUCUUGGGAUUUUCUGUGCUUUUUUUUUUUCUUUCCAUUUUUUUCCAGGGUGGAUUUUAAGUUUAACGUGUUUCUUGUUAGAUUUUUAGAGUAAAUUACGGCAAAAUCCUGAUGUGGGGCCCAUCUUAGAAAGAACAUUGCACGGUGUCCCCUGUAGAAGUCAAAGUAGCUGAAUCCGACUUUUUUUUGGGGGGGCCCGCAGAAGGCUCUUUGACUCCAGAGUGGUUGACUAUUGCAUAACUUUUUCCAGAGCGCACCAUAAUUCCUAUUUCUGGGAAGGACCCAGAUUAGGCUGCAUAAUUUGGGUCCAAUCUCUUAGGAUUCAUAAUCCGGAUUGAGAUUAUUAUGAACUCACCUGUUGUCAACGCGUUGACCGAGUGGGUGCUGCUGCUCCUACUGACAAGCCUCCUCCGAUUGCAGAUUCUGAAGACGGAGACUGAAGCAAGGCCGUUCGUGGGUAUGUUGAUUAAUCAGUUAUGAUCAUCGAUGGAUGACGAUCAUUCAACGGCCAGGUGAUCUGCGAGAUCUAAAUACUUUAGGGGUCAGAUUAUUAUUAUUAUUAUUAUUAAUUAUUAAUUAUGGAGUUCUGUUGUUAUCGAUUUAUCUUGGGUUCUUGUAACUUAGGCCUUGUAUUUUUAUUUUAUUUUAAAAUAUUUCCUAAUCAAUAACACCCCUGCCAGAUUGAUGGGCUUGCUCACUUUGUAGAUGGCGAAUUUUUCCAUGUGUGAAAGUCAACUUAGUUUCUAGUGUGAGAGAGAGAGUACAUGGGUUAUUUCUGCAAUCUCUCUACGCUAUUUUUUUCGGGCAUCACCUAUGGACUCUCUCUCUCUCUUUCUCUAUCUCUAUCUCUAUCUCUAUCUCACUCUCUCUCUCAGAGGGAGUUGACUCUGCAAUCUCUCUCUAUGCUAUUUUUUUCAGAAAUCACCUAUGGAUUCUCUCUCACUCACUCUCUCAGAGGGAGUUGACUCUGCAAUCUCUCUCUAUGAUUUUUUUCAGAAAUCACCUAUGGAUUCUCUCUCACUCACUCUCUCAGUUGACUCUGCAAUCUCUCUAUGUUAUUUUUUGCCAUCCAAAGGAAGAAGAUAAUUUCACACACCUGUACGAUGGUAUUCAAUAAAUCCUAUGACGGGACUCAUCAAAAGUCAGCCUGAGAAUCAUCAUCAGCUACUAACAAUUAAACAAAAAAAUAAAUGA